AUGGCUGCCGCUUCCAUCAAUUUCCCGCGCUCGCCGUCGACCAUCCGGGUGCGAAUGAUCGACACCACGGCCCGCAUGACUGUGCGAGCCGAAUCAUUCGUCGAACCCGUCCAACCAGGCCACGAGAUCCUCAACCUCAGUGCCGUCGCAUUCUUACUUGAGCAUGAGCCAUCCGGCCGCAAGGUGAUGUUUGACUUGGGCGUGCGCAAGGACUACUGGAACUAUGCAGCGAUCCUACAGAAGAGAAUCGGUACCGUCAUCCCGAGCCUGCGGGUCGACAAGGGCGUUCCAGAGAUCUUGGAGGAUAAGGGGAUUGAUCUGGGGAGUAUUUCUUCCGUGAUCUGGUCCCAUUAUCAUUGGGAUCACGUCGGCAAUAUGGCUCUCUUCCCGACCGCGACCGAGAUCGUGGUUGGUCCUGGGUUCAAAAUCGCUCCGCAGCUGCUACCUGGGUUUCCGCAGAAGGUGGACUCCCCUCUCCUCGUGUCUGAUUUUGAGGGUCGAGAGCUCAGAGAGAUCGACUUCACCAAGUCGAACCUUCAGAUGGGCGGGUUCAAAGCGUAUGACUUCUUUGGGGAUGGUUCGUUCUAUCUACUGGACACGCCUGGCCACUGUAUCGGGCAUAUGUGCGGACUUGCACGCACGACUUCCGCCAACGACGGCGGCACGUUCCUCUUGCUGGGUGGAGACAUAUGCCACUUCGUGGGCGAUAUCAGGCCGAACGUCACGUAUCCGCUUCCCGACACGAUCCCGGCCGAUGUACUGGAUCACGAUCCUCCGUACUUUCCCCUACCAUGCCCGUGCAGUCUGUUCACUGAUCAUCACCCGCAACUGUCAGACGACGCAUCGUCCCACGAGCGGCAGCGGACGCCGUUCUACAAAGUGUCCACCCACAGCGCUUCUGCGUAUGUCGACCCCCGCGCUGCGCAGCACUCAGUGGACAAGCUCCUCGAUUUCGAACAGUCGUCCAAUGUGAUGGUGUGUCUUGCGCACGACGAAGCGUUGCUGAAGCACCUACCCGCUCUGAAUGAAAAUCCAGGUUUAGAUCUCAACGACUGGCAGAGUCGCGGCUGGAAGGACAAGACUCGCUGGGACUGGCUGAAUGAACUACCGCGCAACGGGAAGCCAGGUAGGAAGUCAAUCGUGGAGGGCUUCUGGCGGGAUGGCAAACCGUGGGAUCGAUCGAAGGAGCAGAUGCAGCAGAAGGGGGAGAAGGCUGUCGAGGAGGCCAAGCAGGAUAAGACACAGUGA